AUGAAUAAUGCCACUGAGCAGCAGCGCAUUAUGUAUACACGUGCCCUGAUCAUGCGUGUGUUGAGGGGGUUGCUGUUCGUGGAUACCGCCUCAAGUUAUGUGCCUGUACGAUUUUUAUUAUUCCUUGAUGAUUUUCAUCGCACAGGAACUUUUAGCUGGGGUUCUGCGGUACUUGCUUAUCUAUAUCGUGAGUUGGCUAGAGCGACAGACAUAGCUCGCUCAGAGAUGGGUGGAUGUGUAUUGCUUCUACAGCUUUGGGCGUGGAAGCGCUUACGCCGAGUCGCCCCUCCUCUUCCCGAUGUGGUUGACCAAGAGGCCGUAUACGGUCACAGGUUUAAUGUAUUUGAUAGGCGACAACAUCGAUCCGCCAACUUGGAGAGAGUUCGGUUUCGCCUAGAUGUUAUACGCAGGCAUGAGAUUGUUUGGUUGCCGCAUCGUAAUUUUCAUGCACACCAUCUGAGUUCUGAUCAGUCUCGCAGAUGGCUAGCCAUUUGUCCUCUUAUUUAUUACCACAUCGUGGUGUACCAGCAGCCAGAUAGGGUGCUCAGACAGUUUUGGUUUAGGCAGCCUAUCCCCGCGCCCCCUGUUGACUGCCCGCCUGACAUGUCUACUACCACCUUGAGGGGAAAGCCCGAUGUGGACUGGACAGUUCGGUUUGCUGCUUAUGUUGCCCAGUGGAAUGACAGAGAUCAUCUAGUGGUGGAGAAUCUUCAUGCACUGGAAAGUGAGGGCCACUUAUCUGUUAAUAGCAGAUAUAUUCAAUGGUAUAGGGGAGUGACCCGACGAUGGCUGACUCAGAGGGCUGCUGAGGCAUCACAUGUGGCCGAUCGUGUGGAGACUGUAUACUACAUGGUGCAAGAGCAGUCUCAGAGUGCUUUCUCGAUGGAGUCUCUCCGUCAUGAGGCAGAGCGGGCUUUGAGUGCUGUCCAUGAAGGAAAUAGGAUCACCGAGCCUGUAGAGGACUUGCCUCCACCGAGUGUCCGUCACACAUAG